GGGCUGUCAUUGCCGAUGAUCAUGACGGGGCUCAUACUCUACGUCCGUCCGAUGAUCUCGAUGCUGUUCCUCGGCCGGCUCGGCGAGCUGGCCCUUGCCGGCGGGUCCCUCGCCAUGGGCUUCGCCAACAUAACCGGGUACUCAGUCCUGUCCGGCCUCGCCUCGGGCAUGGAACCUGUGUGUGGCCAGGCCGUCGGCGCCAAGAACCUGCCCCUCGUCGGCGCCACCAUGCAGCGGAUGGUGCUCUUCCUCCUCGCCGUCUCCGUGCCUGUCGCCUUCCUAUGGUUUCAGAUGGAGCCGCUUCUCCUGCUUUGCGGCCAGCAUGCCGCCAUCUCCGCGGCGGCGCAGCGCUACAUUCUCUUCUGCCUGCCCGACCUCCUCUUCCAGUCCUUCUUGCACCCGCUCCGUAUCUACCUCCGCACGCAGUCCAUAAACCUCCCGCUCACCACCUGCGCCACGCUCGCUGUCGCCCUCCACCUCCCCAUCAACUACCUCCUCGUAUCAGUGCUCGGGCUCGGCGUCGAAGGAGUUGCACUCGCCUCCGCCUGGACCAACCUCAACCUCGUGCUCUUCCUCCUCGGUUAUGUCUACGUCUCCGGCGUGCACCAUGCCACCGGGGGCUUCUCGCUGUCAUGCAAGCUUUUCAAGGACGAUGUUGCCGCGUGGGUGCGGCUGGCCAGGCUCGCCGUCGAGAGCUGCGCGAGCGUGUGCCUCGAGUGGUGGUGGUAUGAGAUCAUGAUCCUGCUGUGCGGCCUCCUGGCCAAUCCCGAAGCCACCGUCGCCUCCAUGGGGGUGCUUAUCCAGACCACAUCGCUGCUCUACAUCUUCCCGUCGUCUCUCAGCUUCGGCGUGUCGACCCGGGUCAGCAACGAGCUCGGCGCGAACCGUCCAGCUGCGGCGCGCGCCGUGGCCACCGCGGGGCUCGCGCUGAGCGCACUACAGGGCGUCAUCUCCUUCCUGUUCGCCGUGGCUGUGCGCAACGUGUGGGCGCGCAUGUUCACGACGGACGCGGCCAUCCUCGCGCUCACGGCCUCCGUGCUUCCUAUCCUCGGGAUGUGCGAGCUCGGCAACUGCCCUCAGACCACCGGAUGCGGCGUGCUCCGAGGGAGCGCACGGCCCAAGGACGGCGCGCACGUCAACCUCGCCGCCUUCUACGGCGUCGGCAUGCCCGUUGCCCUCGGGCUCGCGUUCUGGGCCGGCAUGGACUUCAGGGGGCUCUGGCUUGGCCUUCUCGCCGCGCAGGCGGCGUGUGUCACGGUGAUGCUCGUGGUGAUCGGGCGCACGGACUGGGACAGACAGGCUGUCCUGGCGCAGGUGCUCGCCGGAGUCGCCGACGACAUCGAACACGGAGGCUAUGUCAACGGAAACGGUGGGAAAGACGCGAGCGAGUGCGUCAAGGUUGCGGCGCCCGACGGCGAUGAGGACUCCAGCUUGCUCAUCACUGUGGUAGGACUGACCGGCGCGCCUUGACAAAGACGGCCGUCGGCGUAUGAAUCACGGUAAUUAGCUGGCCAGUAGAACGUGGGAGACAGACAAUUUUCCGGUCUGAACAUUUUUUGGGGGGAGUUCAUGUGA